AGGAUCUAGCCCCAACGUGGGUCUGCCGGCCGGAGAAUCUCCCGCCACGAGCGCCGUCUGGUUCGCGCCCCCCCCCCGUUCCGCAUGGUCCGUCCCGCCUGGCCUAAGCACUUAAGGAGCGCCAUGCCCAUACCGAUGGAGCCAGCCCUCGACCUGUGUGAACUCCUGUCAUCGCAUCGGGUCUUGGAACGUUGUUCAACCACCUUUGGAAACUGCGAUGGAGAGACUCGGACUGGUCGGGAUCCGCAGAUCCAUUUCAAGGAAUAACAGCCAUCCCGCCAUCCGCAACAUUCAUACACGCGUGACCCCAGCGUAUAAGUACGCAGGCCCUGCUCGUCGUAUCCUUCUCCCACUUCAAAGCACUCCAAGACACUCAACACUUCCUCCUACCCUUACCGCACUGCGCCCAGCCAGCAUUUCCUCCUUCUCUACCACCACCAAUAUAAUGACACCUGAACAGAUCCCCCAGACCCAGAAGGCCGCUGUCGUCCGUAACAAGCAGGUGGCGAUCGAGACCGUUCCCGUCGUCCAGCCCGCUGACCUCAAGCCCAACGAGGCUCUGGUCAAGGUUCUGUACUCUGGUGUCUGCCACACCGAUCUCCAUGCUCAACUCGGUGACUGGCCAUUAAUCCACAAGGAACCCCUCAUCGGUGGACACGAAGGUGCAGGUAUCAUCGUCGCCAUCGGCGAGCACAGCGACACCGAUCUCAAGCUGGGUGAUCGAGUCGGCAUCAAGUGGCUUGCCGAUUCGUGCCUCAAGUGCUCGUACUGCCGUCAAGGCUACGAGCCGCUGUGCCACCACGCUUUGUGCUCCGGAUUCAGCGUUGAUGGCUCCUUCCAACAAUACGCUGUCUCUUUCACCCGCCACCUCACCAAAAUCCCCAAGGAGCUCCCUAUGGACAAGGCCGCACCCAUCCUUUGCGCCGGUGUGACCGUCUACAAGGCACUGAAGCAAUCCAACGCCCGCCCCGGCGAGUGGGUCGUCCUGCCCGGUGCCGGCGGAGGGCUCGGCCAUCUUGCCGUCCAAUACGCACACUACAUGGGUCUGCGAUGCAUCGCUGUCGAUACCGGUGCUGAGAAGAAGGCGCUUUGCGAGAGGCUCGGCGCUGAGCGCUGGAUCGAUUUCAAGGAGACGAAGGAUAUCGUCGCUGCUGUGAAGGCCGCUACCCCCGACGGCGACGGGCCUCACGCCGCUAUUGUCACUUCCUCCGUUGGUGCCGCCUACGAAGAGGCACUGCAGUACGUCCGCCCGCACGGCACAGUAGUCGCUGUCGGUCUGCCACCCGAUGCGAAGGUCAGCGCGGACGUGUUCUGGACCGUCUUCCUCGAGAAGCAGCUCAAAGGCUCGUACGUCGGGAACAGGCAGGACGCCAUCGAGGCGCUGGAGAUUGCUGCUUCCGGCGCGCUGGAGACGUCCUUCCGCACACUGCCGCUCAAGGAUCUCCCAAGUGUGUACGACCAGCUCCACGCAGGUUCUCUCGUCGGUCGUGUCGUCCUGGACUUGUGGGCUUAGACUAGACGCGUAACGACUCGAUUGCUCGAGGGUUGAGGGGUUCGAUUUGGAUAUCUUUUUCAUUUCAUUUCUGUGCGAGUUUCUCUCUGUUCAUGAUGUACUACGACUGCGUGGACUGUUGUUCAGUACCAAACAAAAGUGAUAAAAUAAGGAGUUUGUUGACUACA